UGAUGUAGGAAGUAACCUCGCGGGCGCCACGCCCAUGGGCUCAUUCAUCUCUGACCCGGGAGAGCGCGCUGGUUGUAGGUGUUCUGUAUGGACUGACCUGUUCUGUAGCUGCAGUAUUACUCGUUACCAAAAGGUGCUGUCAACGCAAACAAAGGGAAGAAAACAUGGACAAUGACAUCGCGACAGGGGACGUCAAAUUAAACCAUGCCAUCAAACAGUGGCUGCAGUUCGACAAGAACCCCAAGACGCUGGCGGCCGUGCGGGCGAUGCUGAAGGGGGGGUCGGUGGAGGAGCUGCGGCGCUGUUUUGGGGCGCGGAUGGAGUUUGGGACGGCAGGACUGCGGGCCGCCAUGGGGCCCGGGAUCUCCUGCAUGAACGACCUGACCAUCAUCCAGACCACACAGGGGCUGUGCCGGUACCUGGAGCAGAGGUUCUCGGACCUGAAGGCGCGGGGCGUGGCGAUCGGGUUCGACGCACGUGCGCACCCUGAGAGCGGCGGGAGCAGCAAGCGCUUCGCCCGCCUCGCCACCGCAGUGCUGAUUGGCCGCGGCGUUCCGGUGUACCUCUUCAGUGACAUCACUCCCACCCCAUUUGUGCCCUUCACAGUGUCCCACCUGAAGCUCUGUGCUGGGAUCAUGGUGACGGCGUCUCACAACCCGAAACAGGACAACGGCUACAAGGUGUACUGGGACAAUGGCGCCCAGAUCAUCCCGCCUCAUGACACGGGCAUCGCCAGCGCCGUCGAGGAGAGCCUGGAGCCCUGGCCCCAGGCCUGGGAGGACCAGCUGGUCCGGGACAGCCCGCUGGUGAAGGACCCCCUCCAGGACAUCCAGCGGGAGUACUUCCUGGCCAUUCAGGACAUGUGCUUCCACAGGAGCAUCAACAAGAGUUCAGAGGUCAAGUUUGUGCACACGUCUGUCCACGGAGUGGGGCAUGCGUUCGUCCAGUCAGCGUUCCAGGCCUUUGAUCUGCGCCCCCCCUUCGCUGUCCCAGAGCAGAAGGAACCCGACCCCGAGUUCCCCACGGUCAAGUACCCCAACCCUGAGGAAGGAGAGGGGGUGCUGACGCUGUCCUUUGCUCUGGCGGAUAAAGAGGGGGCGACGGUGGUGCUGGCCAACGACCCCGACGCCGACCGGCUGGCCGUGGCGGAGAAACAGCAGAGCGGUCAGUGGCGGGUGUUCUCGGGGAACGAGCUGGGCGCUCUGCUGGGCUGGUGGCUGUUCCGCUGCUGGAGGCAGAAGUUUCCGGAACCUUCCAAGGUGAAGGACGUCUACAUGCUGGCCAGCACCGUGUCGUCCAAGAUCCUGCGCGCCAUCGCGCUCAAGCAGGGCUUCCACUUCGAGGAAACCCUGACUGGCUUUAAGUGGAUGGGGAACCGGGCCAAGCAGCUGCUGGACCAGGGCCGGACCGUGCUGUUUGCUUUCGAGGAGGCGAUAGGUUACAUGUGCUGUCCGGCGGUCCUGGACAAAGAUGGGGUCAGUGCUGCCGCCAUCGCAGCCGAGCUCACCUCCUACAUCAGCAAGCAGGGCAGCAGUCUGUCCCAGCAGCUCACCGCCAUCUACGAAGAGUACGGCUAUCACAUCACCAAGAACUCCUACUUCAUCUGCCACGACCAGGACACCAUCCGCGGCCUGUUCCAGCGGCUGCGUAACUUUGACGGGGAGAACACCUACCCCACACGGUGCGGCAGCUUCACCGUGUCCAGCGUGAGGGACCUCACCACCGGCUACGACAGCCAACAGCCAGACAAGAAGGCCGUGCUCCCCACCAGUAAGAGCAGUCAGAUGAUCACCUUCACCUUCUCAAACGGGGGCGUGGCCACCAUGAGGACCAGCGGCACCGAACCGAAGAUCAAGUAUUACACUGAGCUGUGCGCUGCACCUGGGAACAGUGACGUGAAGCGGCUGAAGAUGGAGCUGGAUGACUUGGUGGACGCCAUUGUGGAGCAUUUCUUUGAGCCGGAGAAGAACCACCUGGAGGGCAGGAAAGAGUGAGCGUGUGUGUGCGUGUGUGUGUGUGUGUGUGUGUGUGCGUGUGUGUGUGUGUGUGUGUGUGUGC